UUUCCUUAGUAACCAUUUGGCGUCCUCUGCCGGCUCAGCGGGAGCCGCCGGCGAAAGAAUGGAUUUAAAUAAUCAAGAGCCUGACCUCAGUCCGAUUUACCACCGGUUGCUGAGUCCACUGUCGCUCUUCCCCCGGAAGGUGACGACGCCUCCAGAGCCUCCAAAGGGCCCCCCGCAGAAGUUCUCGCCUUUGCAAUCCAUCCCGUUGGCGAAGCUAAAAGUGGGGCAGCUGUGCCGCCUGGUGUCCAAGCGGCUGGCAGGCAGUGGGCGGGCGGCGCGGGUGACUCCCAAGGAUCGACUCCGUCUCACCCGGGUUAUCCUAGAGGAACUGAAGUGCAGCUGGCAGGAACCUCCUACUGAACCUAUUUUGAACUAUGAGAACAACCAGAAGCUGCGGAAGAGGCUGGAGUCCUACGUGCUGAUCUGCAGUGAGCAGCUCUUCAUACGCUACCUGCACCUGCUGGUGAUCCUGCCGCCCACUAGAAAGGUCUUCACUGAAGCAGCCAUCCUCAGCCGGUUGGUAGUCAACCUUGCCAGGGAUUGCACAAUUUUCCUCACCAGUCCUGAUGUUUAUCGCUUCCUGCUGGCUGAUUUUCAGACAUUGCUGAAUUUAGAGCAGACCCCGGGGAGCAUUUCCAAGCUGCGACCCCCAGCCUGCCCCCCUGGGACUUUCAAACUCUGUCCAAUCCCCUGGCCUCACAAUACCGGCUUGGACCAAGUGCCUUGCUCUAGCCUAAACCUGACCUACCUUGUCCAACUCAGCCGUCCAUAUGAUUUCUCCAGUGAGCCGGAACCUGAUCCAGUAAAGGAGUUAAAAUCCAUCCCCCAGCUGAAGGGUAUAAAGCAGCUCCUCUUGGUGCCCUGCACGAAGAAGGAAAAAGAAGUUGAAGUUACUCCCUCAGCGAUGACACCACUGCCUAGCCAUUCUCCUGGCGGCAGUGAGAUUUCCCCCUUCCCCACUUCCCCAAUCUACCCCAGGCUCCCCAGGGGCCAGUCCAUGCCCUGUCUUCGUGAGGGGUGGAAUCUGGCAGAUGAGUUGGGCCUGCCCCCUCUCUCCCCUCAUCCCCUCACUCCACUGGUCUUGGCUCCAGAGAGAAAACCACUGCUGUUUGAGGAAAUGGUGGCUAAGGAUCUGAAGCAGAAGACAAAGAGCAUGGGAAUGGAGUGGGCUCACUACCCACCCAUGGAAUUGGGCAUGGGCCUGCCCCCACUCCUCGGGGUCCUUACCAGGCACCUAACUGCCCAGCAACACAUAGAGAACCUGCGCCAAAUGCUGAAGAGCCUGCAGGAUGAAGAAGCCUUGGGGAAGUGGUAUCUUCACCCCCCAAGAAUCACUCCACUUUACCCACAGCCAGUGACUAUUACUGUCAAGCUACAAAAUCAGGUCGUGGUACAAGUAGCUACUGUGCAACUCUCAGACAGAUACUUUUAUGACACUUUCCAUGUUGAGGGGGCUGGAGUUCUGUACAACCAUCUGACUGGGGAGCUGGAUUGCAAAGCCAUCGAAGAAAUGGAUGCUGAUCUUCUCACUGGCAAUAGCACCAAAGAGAUAUACAAGGAAUUGAUGACCCGAGUCUCUCAUAGUCACUUAUCUUUUGAUGAAGGACCCCAGGUUGAGCCCUCAGCAGAUAGAGAUUGGUCCAACUACUUGUUUUCAACUUUUCUAAACCAAGAUAAACAAACCCCGAUCAAUAAAGAUCUGGUUGGAUUUUACCCCAGAAGAACAAGCAUGCAGCAGUUGCUCCCUGAAAAGAAACCUUCUCCCACAGUCGUCCAAAUGCGCAAAAGCUGGGAAAAGCGACCAAACAAGGGUGUAUGGGUGAACUGGUGGAAUACCUCUUUGUCUGCGGAAGACUACUUAAAGUACCUCGACACUCAGGAGACUGAUUUCCUCCAUGUCAUCUUCCAAAUUCAUGAAGAAGAGGUUCCUGUGGAGAUACCCGCCCCUGUGAAACGGUCCCUGGAGAUUCAGCACCCUCCACCCCUGUUGGAAGAUGAAGAACCAGACUUUGUGCCAGGAGAGUGGAAUUGGAGCUCAGUGUUAGAGGACAGUUUUAUCUUCAGUGAUAGAGGACCUGGGAAAGCCAGCAUCCUAAACCUGCAGCAGCGUCUAGAACGACUGUGGGACGCACUGGAAGUCCCUGUCCAGAGCCGGCUGGACAUGGUCAUUAAGUACAGCUCCAAGGCACGCCUGCAGCAGCUACCAGCCUUAAUCAGGGCCUGGGAGCGGGUCCUGAAGCCCAUUCAGAAGCGGGAGCUGUUGCUAGCGAGACUGGAGUGGUUUGAACGUCAAGCCUCUGACCCCAAUCGCUUCUUCCAAAAGUCUGAUUUGAUUCUGAGUCGAUUUCUGGAGGAAAAUCAGUCCCGUAGCUAUAUCCAAAGGAAGCUCAAUCUAAUGGAGUCUUCUUUGAUUACCUUACUGAAAAAGAUAGAGUCAGUCUUUGGGGAGCCAGUGACCUUCAAGGGGCGGCGCUAUCUAGACAAGAUGAAGCAGGACAAAGUGGAGAUGCUCUACUGGCUCCAGCAGCAGCGGCGGGUUCGAAAUCUGAUCCGGGCCCAGAAAGCCUUCUACCAAUCAUCCAUGUUCACAAGGGGCAGCAGUCAGUCUUUAAUAGCUCCUGGGAAUACUCCUGUUACCCGCUAAGGGGCCAAGUGUCCCCAAACCCCUUCCUCCCAAACACCCAGACACUCACACAGACCUCUCAAUGGCUUUAGAACAACUAUGGAUAUUUCUACAAAGGACUGAGAGUCUUUGUCUUAGCAGUCUAGAUAAAAGGAUUCCUCAAGCCUGGUAUUCCAUGUAUGUCAACAGUGCUAGCUAUACAAUACCACCAAAAUCCCUUAUCAAAUGGUUCCUUGGAGUUCAUUAUAACAUAGGUCAGACAGAGCAAGUUGUAAUUUUUAAAACAAUUCAAUUUAGUGUCACUAUCUUACUAUAUUAAUUGUCUGAUUACAGCUCCAAAUCACUCUUGUUUAGGCUCUCAAUAGAAUAAUACUUAAGCACUACAGCUCUGAAAUUAACAGCUGCAAGCUUAAAACAUUCUUUACUAGAUUUUUGCCUGUUAAUAAAAGCACUUGGUAUAUCAAACUGUGUACUGAAAAGUAAGUUUCUGGGGCUGGAGAGAGAGCCUAGUGAUUAAGAACAUGUACUGCUCUUCCAAAGGACUUAAGUUCAACUCCCAG